CGGCGUUUCCGUUUGGUUGUUUAACAAAUAAGUGAAUUCAAUUGCUAUUUCAAUAGUUCGUUGAAAAUGGUUAAUAAAAACGAAAGUAGUGAACGGGAGGUUAGCGACAAAAAACGCAGGAAGACUUCCCCGAAUGAUCCAUCUCCGACGAAGCUUUCCAAGGAGGAUUUGUAUGCACAUACGAUAGCUUUUGAAGAGCAGGAAGCAGCAAAACGAUCACCGGAAAAAGACGCUCUUCUAUUUCAUACUAUAUGCGACGAGCUGCGGAAACUGUUUGAUGAAAUAUCAUUAUUGAAGAAGGAUAACUCGGAAGAUGCAAAAGCAAAAAUCUCAGAGAAAAGAAUCGAAGGAUCGUUAGCUUUUGUAGCCCUGAAAAAACUGAAUCGUCUUGAUAAGGUUCGCAUAAGAGACGGUAAGGAAGCACUUCACAAAGAGAAGCUGCGAGUCGAUAGUAAUCGUUUACAGUUGCAAAAUUUGUUGUACGAAGCGGAGCACUUACGGAAAGAAGUCCAGAGAUGUUAUCUGUUCAAAAGCCAAGACGAAGAAAUUGAACUUGUUACGGUGGAUGAAUUCUACAAAAAUGCACCAGAGUCGAUUUCGCGGCCUGACAAGACGAACACUGAUGAACACGCGCGGCGUAUUGCCCGUCUUGAGUGGGAGUUGCAGCAGCGAAAGGAAUUGGAUGCGUUAUGCAAAGAGUUGCAUGCCUCCAAAGCAAAGGUGGCGGAAGAGAUUGUUUCCAAAACGGAGAGGUUGGACUCACUAGCCCCUCGGUUGAAGGAAUUGCUUGCUGCAACACGGCCAUUGCAGGAGGCACUCGAUAUGCCCAUCGAGAAGGGGUGGGAGAUUCAAAAGACGGUCCGUCUAUUGGUACAACCGCUCUACAUGAUGUACGCUAACGUAACAGCAUAUGGAGAGGCUUGUGAUCAACUGCUGUCGACAUCUGUUCAUGGCGAUGAGGAAGAGGCACGACAAGUGGAGAUUACUGGAAAUCUGGAUUGUGAAUCCGAGGAGGACACGGAAACGGAUAGAGAGACAACACGCGGCAGCUACAAUCGUCGUAAAUCCACUAAACAGCAAGAUCCGCUGAAGCAAAAACGCAAGGCUUUAGUAAAGCCACAUCCGCUUAGCGUGAAAGUCACGAUCAAAAGUAAGGACGGAAAACAAUCGUUGGCGCUUACAUUUCAGUACCUUCCAAAUGCUGGAUUUGUAACUGUUAAAUGUGCGCUGGUCGACAUCGAAGUAACAGGUGUGGCUGCCGGAGAUGUUAUGUCGCAGGAAAACAUCCUUAAUGAGUUGUUCCCGGAUGACAAUGGUGAAUACAGCCCAAAUCCGAAGACUAAGUUUCAGCUAGAGGAAAUUGGAAUAAGUAUGGAAAAGCUUUUACCUAUGAUGAAAGAAAAGGAAUUAGGCAAACCUUACAAGUGGGCACAAGAACUAUGCGGUAUUGAAUUUGUGGACUCGGGAGAAAAAUUUUUAACUGCCAGUGAUAAAUGGCAGAAAACGAUUCCAACUAUCGUUAAAGCUAUCCGUACACGAUGGGAAGCACGACUGCGUCUGUACCAACAAGUACACGAGCUCGAGACGGGCACUAUAGAUACGAGUAUCAACACGGAAAACAAUAGUCCGAUUCGCAUAUCUAGCACUUUGGUUCAAUGGACUGCUUUAUCGUAUGCCGAGUACGUUGCAGCGACUGUGACAGCAAAAUUUGCUGAGCAAAGCAGUUCUACUGGGAAUGAUCUUUAUUUUCGAGCGAUUAUUACGCGUGGAUCUGCUAAACUGGAGUGCUACAUUUGCGUUCCCUGUGACUUUCCGGAUGGUACACCAUUAUGGUCUCUUUCGCUAAACUGGAACGGAAAACAUUCUGCUGCUGAUGAUGCAGCUGUAAGGGAUAUGGAAUUCUGGGUCAAUAGCUUGCAAGCUCCAAAACACCCUAAAAAUAUUUUAGCAUUGCAACUGAAACGAGCUAUGUCCUGUUUGGAUAUCUAUUUGGAAACAGAAGGGCCACUGCAUACGCCGGCCGAAUUCACACAGGACAAAACCUAUCUGAAACCGUUCCGUGGCCGUGCAAGAUCUCGACCAUUCCGCAUUGUAUCGAACGGUAGCAGCUCUGUUUUUACACAAAUUUAGAUGGCGUGUUUAAAUUUGAAAAUAUUUACAUAUU